UCUUGCUCGCCCGCUCCGUCGCCGCUGGCCCCUCUGUCAACCGACGAACGGCAGGCGGCAGCCAUCCCCCCGCUCCCCUCCCCACCUGCGGCGCGUCGUUUGGCACUGAUUGGAGUGGAUUGGUGAUCCAUUCGACUUAGGGUUGCUUUCCUUCGUUGCUAGGCACCCAUGCCCAACUCAAGUCCGCUCCUGCUAAUCACCCUAGGUUCUCCAGUAGAUCUCGCUUUAGUUCAAAAGCUUCUUUGGAUAUGGAAGCGCUGCUAGGGAGCAAGAGCAACGGAGGUGGCAAGGCUGCCGAUUUGGCCCGGCUGCUCGUAGCGGAGACCGCCUUGGAGGUGCAAAGGUCGCUUGUUGGGCUGGUUGCCGUGAUGUUGUCACUGCAAUACAAAAUCUUUGCAUCUGGCGGAGAGCAGGAUUUGAUUAAUAGUAAAAAUGAAACUGUGCCUGAGAUCACGGAUAAUGGAGAGUCUGAUGAUGAUAAUGAUGAGGAGGGAGAUGAUGAGGAUGCUGAAAACCAAGAUGAUGAGGAUGCUGCUGCUGAUGAAGAUGGCUCUGAUGAGGAAGGGAACAAGGAGGAGGAUGACGACGAUGAUCCUGCAGCCAAUGGUGAAGGAGGGAGCGAUGAUGAUGACAGUGGAGAUGAUGAGGACGAUGAGAAUGCGGAGGAGGAGGAGGAUGAGGAGGAGGGGGAAGAGGAGGAGGAGGAGGAUGAGGAGGAGGAGGAGGAUGACGAUGAUGUCCCCCAACCACCUACCAAGAAGAGGAAAUGAUCAAUGGCUACGAGUUGUAGCUUACAUGCAGGGAAUGCAGCUUUGUUCACCCCUGCCUAGCAGGUUACUUGUUAGUGGGUAGGGGGUUUUAGCUUGGUCGUUGUGGUGGACAAUUCAUAGCCUAGUUUGAAAACAAAAAAAGGAACAUUUCAUUAUUAUUGCACUAUUAAAAUAUUCCUUCAAUUAUGUAUCUCAGAAUGCUAUCAACCCCUCAUACUCCGAAUGGUUUGUAAAUCGUGUUUGCUUCA